AAGUUCCCUGGUUUGUAUUCUAUUUCCUUUGCUGCCUCCAUUGUCUCGCAGCAGGUGCACCAGGUCAGCCCAGAUGGCACAGUCACGGCCUGCUGAUGCGCAGACAGACCGCACAGCAACUACCGCUGGUGCUAUUUACCCCGAGCCUGGCUGGGGGCGAGUUUUCGCCCCUUUCACAGGGGAGAGAGAGAGAGAACGAGUGAGAGAGGCGGCAGUUAUUUUGAAAGUGACCCUUUCAGUCAGGCAGCGACUGUGCAGCUGUCAGGAACUAUGACUGAAGAUGACGGAUUCGAUUGUCGUGGAGGGAUAUGCCAGACUACGAGAUGGAAAAAAGUGGAAAACUAGGUGGUUGGUUCUCCGCAAGCCUUCGCCUGUAGCAGACUGUUUGACCCUGUUGGUGUUCAAAGACAAGUCGGACAAAGCUCAGGGCAACAAGGAGAAAGCCAGUGUCACCUUGGAGGAAAUCUGUGGCCUGGAGGCGGGACAGUGGCAUGAGGGCGUGGCCUGUUCUUUAAUCAUCCUGUGCCUGAACCAGGCUGCUCUACUGGGCUUCGACAGCAGAGAGACUCUGCAGGCCUGGGAUAUUCGCCUACGAUACAGUCUGGGAGAAGUCCACAGAUUCAGUGUCGGAGUUUUACCAGGGACCAAGUUGGAGAGUGGGCCGGCGACUCUCCAUCUGUGCAACAACCUCCUGGCUCUGGCCCGGGACAAUCCUCCUGUUAUCAUCGCCCACUGGAGUCUCCCAGACCUGCGCAGAUAUGGACCCGUCCCUAAUGGAUUUGUGUUUGAGGGAGGAACCAGAUGUGGUUACUGGGCCGGGGUCUUUCUACUGGCAUCUGCUGAGAGCGAGCAGAUCAGUUUUCUGUUUGACUGCAUCGUCAGAGGCAUCUCCCCCACAAGAGGCCCUUUUGGACUGCGGCCCGUUUUACCAGAUCCCAGUUCCAGUCAGACUAACACAGAGGAGAAGCUGAACCACGAGACUCAGGAGCUGGAGAAGAGGCUGAGCAUGCUGUCCCACAGGAGCAGCACGGCUUCGUCUACCUACUGCCCCUCUGCAGGUGGAGACGAUCGCAGCAUCUCCGGCUCCUCCGACACUUCAGACACAAGCCACUCAGACUGCAGCAUUGGCAGCCGACUGGCCAUUUGGACCGAACCCACCUCCGCUCCGGCUGAAACCUUCAGCCACGUGCCUGCCAAAGUGACAGCACAGAGCGUGGAGAAGCUGUCAGUGAGUCAAGCAGCCGGCAGCAGGCCUGCGACCAAGCCCCCGCGGCACCUGCACGAAAUCGGUCGUCAGAGUUCCUCAGACAGCGGCAUUGCCACCUGCAGCCAUUCCUCUUACUCUGGAAGUUUCUCCUCCUACACAGGCAGUUUGGAUAUAAACUCUGGGGAGGAGUUUGGUUCUGUUUUCAGUUUGCCUCCUCACUUGGCCCAUGGCCUGAGCCCCUGUUCUUGCCAGACUGUCUCUGGACAUGAGUACCAGGUACCUUCAUCACUGAGGUACCUGUACGACUCUUCUCAGAGUGUUUUGCCGGAGGGCAGAGUGGACAUGGAGAGUGAACCCUCCACACGAACCGCUGACGCUGUUGCACUGUUAGAUCUCACUGUCGAGCUUAAGGUGGAUGAAAGCAGUGUUACGACCUGUGAGGCCAGAGAAACAGAAUUGAUAAGUGAACACUCAGUGGGUCUCUCAGAGGACAGUAAGAACAACGAGGCCUUGUCCUCCAGUGGACGUCCAGACUCCUGUCACAUCUACAACUCGGUCACAUCUGCCUCCAAAACCAUCGUGGCCAUCUGCUCGGUCUGUGGUGGCGUUAGGGGGGCGCCAUGCGUUCCUGCAAGUGGAUCAUUGACGGCUGCCACAAUAGCAGAUCAAAGUGUUGACAAAUCAGCGUGCAGAGCCAGCACUGCCACAGAGUCCGGCAUCACAGUGAGGAAAGUUUUGCAGAAAGUCUGGGCGCCUCCUGCAUUUUCAAUGCCCCAGAGGACGAGUGAGGUUUCAUUGUUGCCAAAAAAAGGGAGAGACAAAUUAGUGAGUCUCUUUGCUGAUCUGCUCAGUUUUCCAAGUGCUGACAGGCAGCCAGAGGCCGAGAGAAAGAGAAUGAGUUUGUACGAGUCUAUGAGUCCUGCUUUUGGAAAUGAACUCAAAUCUGCAACAACUGCUCCAACACCACAAGAGUCGCAGCGAGAGGAAAGAGAAGUCAUUUAUGAAAACUGCUUGAAGUGCCAGGGGGAGCAUUGUCAUCCCCCUCCCCGGGCCGAGAUGUUCCACAUCAGGAACUUUCCCACAGUCCAGACCUCUUCAUCAGAGCUCAACCUGAAGAAACGCCCUGAAGGUGAAGUGGCUGUAAAUGAGUCGGUGCUGAGCAGAGGUGACAUUGAAGGAUGGCAGAGCGUGGACGCGCAGUGUCGUUAUGAGGAGAUGAAUGUUCACUCAGUGACUGUUGAAGACAGGAAGCCCAACAGCAAAGAGGAGCGGUGCAGAACUGAUCCUGCCUAUGAGAUUAUGGAGCAUCGUUCAGCAGAGAGAAGCUCUGAGGUGGAGGACAGAAGCAAGUAUGCGCUGAUGGGCAGCUGUGGUCAGCAGAGGUUCCUUCAGGAGACUGAAGGGGCAACGUUUGUUUUCCCUGCAGAGGCGCCCCCACCUGAACGACUGUGUGGUGAUGGAGUGACUUAUGUAAAUAUCCCUGUGAGUCCCACAUCGAAGAAGCAGGUGAACUACAUGGAGCUGGAGCUGCAGGAGAUGGGACCUGGCUCUAGGGGGAGCAUGACAGCCCCCACAGUUCAAAGAAAGAGCUUUACCAGAUAUGCCCAGAUUGACAUCACUGCCACAGAGACGGCCCACAAGGUGGGAACGCAACAUGCACUGGGUCGACAGGAGGGCCUGCACACCCUGGAGCUGAGAAGAAAAGGAGCGCUGGGAAGUAAACCGUUUUUAUGACUUUCUUUAAGAUGAUCUAAAAGUCAUUACAUACCUAAGUC